ACUUAUUUUUCACCAGAUAACAUUGACAGUGAUGCACAACGGAGCACAAAUGGCGUGGGUUGGGGUAUCGUUUUGCUUUCUUUUAAUUUUCAUUGUUAGGACGUCCUAUUGUUUUACUGUGUUUAACAAUGAAACUGUCACAGUCAGUAAUAACCUGAAUUUUACAGCCUUAUUUAACUACACAACGAAUUUCAAUAGCACAGUUAGUGCCGGUUCUACACCUACAGCAUCUGCCAAGCAAACCACAACUGCCAAGCCCGUCGUACCAACAAAAAAACGACCCAAGGAUACCGCCGACGCAGGUUUCAGUGAUGAAGACAUGGGUGGCACAGAUAAGGAUUUGGAGACAAAGGACAAAGAUAAAACACAAGAACUAGAAUGCCCUCCCCUGGGUCUGGAGUCUCUGCGGGUGGAGGACACACAGCUCCAGGCUUCCUCGUACCAGCGGAUGGGACUGGGCCCUCACCGUGGCCGACUCAACAUCCAGUCGGGCAUCGAGGACGGGGAUCUCUACGAUGGGGCCUGGUGUGCCCAGUAUGAGGACUUGGACCAGUGGCUGGAGGUGGAUGCCCGUCGCCCCACUCUUUUCACCGGAGUCAUCCUGCAAGGACGCAAUUCCAUCUGGAGCUGGGACUGGGUCCACACGUACAAGGUGCAGCUGAGUAAUGACUCUGUGUACUGGAAGCCCUGCAUGAACGGGACAGAGGAGGCGGUAUUUGAAGGCAACCAGGACCCAGAAACCCCGGUGCUGGGCCUUUUGCCGGUGCCCACGGUGGCUCGCUACAUCCGCAUCAACCCCCAGACCUGGUACGAGAAUGGGACCAUAUGCCUGAGGGCUGAGGUGUUGGGUUGCCCCCUGCCAGAUCCUAAUAAUAUCUACAUGUGGGAGACAGUGCAAGGCUCCAAGGAUGACCUGGACUUCAGACACCACAACUACAAGGAGAUGAGAAAGCUCAUGAAGUCAGUGAGUGAUGAGUGCCCCGACAUCACUCGCAUCUAUAGCAUUGGAAAGAGUUACGAAGGACUCAAACUCUACGUCAUGGAAAUCUCUGACAACCCUGGCAAGCACGAACUGGGUGAGCCCGAGUUCCGCUACGUGGCCGGGAUGCAUGGCAACGAGGCUCUGGGUCGGGAGCUGGUUCUCAACCUGAUGCAGUACCUGUGCCAGCAGUACAAGAGAGGCAAUCAGCGCGUCGUGCGUCUGGUGAAAGACACCCGCAUACACCUGCUGCCCUCCAUGAACCCCGACGGCCACGAGGGGGCCUACGAGAAGGGCUCGGAGCUAGCCGGGUGGGCCAUGGGACGCUACAAUUAUGAGUGGAUCGACCUGAACAGCAACUUCGCUGACCUGAACAACAUCAUGUGGGACGCCCAAGAGAUGGAGCAGGACAAAUCCAAAAUCAGCAACCACUACAUCCCCCUCCCUGAGUACUAUACUUCUGAAGAGGCUAUGGUCGCUCCAGAGACCCGUGCUGUCAUCAACUGGAUGCAGGACAUCCCGUUUGUGCUGAGCGCUAACCUACACGGGGGGGAGCUGGUGGUCACCUACCCCUUCGACUGCACCCGAGACUGGGCCCCACGGGAGCACACCCCGACCCCGGACGACAGCUUCUUCCGCUGGCUGGCCGCCGUCUACGCCAGCACCAACCAGGUCAUGGCCAACCCCGACCGCCGCAUCUGUCACUACGAGGACUUUCAGCGGCACAACAACAUCAUCAACGGCGGCGAUUGGCACACGGUCCCAGGCAGCAUGAAUGACUUCAGCUACCUUCACACCAACUGCUUCGAAGUGACGGUGGAGCUCUCCUGUGACAAGUUCCCCCAUGCCAGCGAGCUGCCAAUCGAGUGGGAGAACAACAAGGAGUCUCUGUUGGUCUACAUGGAGCAGGUUCAUCGUGGAAUAAAGGGUGUGGUGAGAGACAAGGACACGAAUGCCGGUAUCGCCAACGCCAUCAUCAAAGUGGAGGACCUUGACCACCACAUAAGAACAGCCGAUGAUGGGGACUACUGGAGGCUGCUGAACCCGGGGGAAUAUAAAGUGACCGUGGUUGCCGAAGGCUACAUCCCCUCUGUGCGCAGGUGCCACGUCGGGUCAGAGCCCCGCGCAACUAUCUGCGACUUCUAUCUCAGCAAGAUGCUAAAGCAGAGGCUGCGCGAGAUCCUGGCCAAUGGCGGCAAGAUCCCCAAGGACCUGCAGCUACGUCUCCGGGCCCUUCGGCUACGCAAGCUGCGCGCCACCACCAAAGCAAUCAACCAGCGACGGGCCAGGCAGCGCAAAGCCAGAGCUCUCCGUAGGUCCUUCUGAAGGCCUGUCAAAGCCUUAUCUGAUGUACGCUAAACCGUCUCAGUGUCAGUGUCUCUGCAUUCACUUCUGGUGUAUGUAAGGUAACAGUGGGAGAAAUACUAGUGCGCUUAUACGAGGGUGCAAAGGGGUAGUCUGCAUUCUGGUGCAUACCACCGAGAGCCAAUUUGUCUCAUUCACUUUGAUCACUUUGUCCUCAAUAUCUGCAUUUCCUGUGUUUGAUCUGUGGAUGUGUUCAUUUGCAAAAGUUAUAGUCAGGUUUGAUCACAUGAAGUCGUUCUCAGAGUUAUGGGGGGUGAGUACAGUCAUUGGCUCUUCAUUCAUAUGCAGAAUAUUUCAGAAUAUGUGAAAUUUGACUAUUGUUUAUACGGAGCAAGUUACAUCUCUUAAAAGUUUAUCCAUACAGGAAGUGUACAGUUUUAACCAGUUGAACAGGUUUAAAGUUUUCAUUUGAAUGUGUUUGGCGUAUUCAGCUGUAGAUAUUUAAAUUAAAGGGGAAUGGGGUGACUAAAAGGUUUUUUAAUGAAUACAUACCCUUUUGUGAUUAAUUUCAAUAUCAGUUAACAUUAGUUUAAUUUGAAAGCAAGUGCAGGUUCGUAAGUGCACAAGAGGGAAAACAAUUAAUUUCACACCAAUAUGUGUGUAUAACAUUUUCUGCAAAAAGCUGUUACUCCCAAAUACCGACUAUAAUUCACUGUUUCACUUGGGUAAACUGUUCCACUUGGGUAAACUAUGGAUGGAAGUGAAACCAGCAGACACAGGAGCUCUGGUACUGUUACAGAUUAUAGAAACCAGUACACCUUUAAGUAAUGAAGCUAGCUGGCGAAUGUAGCAGUAGUUUAUAACACAUUAUGAAUUAUAAAAUUAGUUUGUCUACAGUUGUGAGGUAGAGGAACUGCUUUGCUCAAAAGGGCAGAAGUUAUUACACAAUUUACAGCACCUAGGUAUGUCAUGCAGGUUACCUAUUGUAUGCAAGACCACAAUUUUUUUGGGUGCACCUUAUCUUAGAAAAUGGGGAAAACAGGUAACUUGCACCAAAGCAAAUACUGAAACAUUAAAUAUUUCUUUAUUUUCAUAUCUUUAUGAGUGCCAUCCAUGGAAUAUGAUAGUUGCUCUUGAGAUAUGAGCUAUGCCUACUUGUAUGUGUGAGUACUGAACUCUUACAGUCUGGAACUGCUAAGAUAACAUGAUAAAUGCUCUUUUCUACAGGGUGAAAACUAUACUUCAGAGUACAAUUGUAUGUGCUUAUUCAUGGUUCAUUUUCCACAAGUGUUCAAAAUCUAUAAAUAAUGCUGGCAUUCUGGGGUUCUUGCAAGUCAAGAGCAUGUUUUACAAGAAUUCCAAUUAAAGCUUACUAAGAACAGUC